CGCUACGAUUAUUACCGCGAAAACUAGCGAGAGUCUUGUUUGUUUCUCUAGUUCAGCGAAGUUGGAUCCUUCUGCGGGUCUAACGGAACCGGGUCUAACGGAACCGGGUCUAACGGAACCGGGUCUAAAGGAACCGGGUCUAACGGAACCGGGUCUAACGGAACCGGGUCUAAAGGAACCGGGUCUAACGGAACCGGGUCUAACGGAACCGGAAUGUUCUGCGAGAAAGCGGUCGAGUUAAUCCGGGAGCUGCACCGGAUGACCGACGGACAGCUGCCCGCUUUCAACGAAGAUGGACUCCGGCAGGUUCUCCAGGAGAUGGAAGCGCUUUACGAGCAGAACCAGGCUGACGUUAACGAGGCGAAAGCUGAAGGUCGAGCUGAACUCAUUCCCUCCAUCAAACUACGUCACUGCUGCUUGUUGAGGAACCAACGCUGCCUCACCGCUUACCUCUACGACCGGCUGCUGAGGAUGCGAGCUCUGCGUUGGGAGUACGGCAGCGUUCUGCCCGCCAACGUGCGCUUCCACAUGUGUGCGGAGGAGGUGCAGUGGUUCAGCCAGUACAAGAAGUCUCUGGCCUCCUUCAUGCGGUCUCUGGGGGGGGGCGAGGGUCUGGACCUCACGCAGGACAUGAAGCCUCCAAAGAGUCUGUACAUCGAGGUGAGGUGUUUAAAGGACCACGGAGAGUUCGAGAUCGAUGAUGGAACGGUGAUUCUGCUGAAGAAGAACAGUCAGCACUUCCUGCCGCGGUGGAAAUGUGAGCAGCUGAUUCGUCAGGGCGUCCUGGAGCACGUGGUGUCCUGACGGGGAGUUUCCAUUGGUCAGGGCGUCCUGGAGCACGUGGUGUCCUGACGGGGAGUUUCCAUUGGUCAGGGCGUCCUGGAGCACGUGGUGUCCUGACGGGGAGUUUCCAUUGGUCAGGGCGUCCUGGAGCACGUGGUGUCCUGACGAAGGGUUUCCAUUGGCCGAAUUCAUCCAACGAUCGAAAGCUCAAAAGUCCAGAUGUCCCUGAACGCAACAGCUUGGAAAUAAAACAAUUUUUUUCUAAAU